UUUAGCUAGGUUGGCAGAGGGGAAGGCCCCGCGGGGCAGCUGGGUCCCGGGUAAGCAGCCCGCGGCAGCGAGAACGGGCGCGGACCGGAAGUUCCGUUGCCUCGGUGUCUGGGGGGGAUCCGUUAGGCGCGGACGCCGGAAGUGGCGAGUCGGCGGGUGUGAGACGGUACCCUCGGUGUGAGCGUCCCCUCAGCAGCGGCGACAUGGAACCUGGGGCUGCGGAGCUGUACGACCAGGCCUUGCUGGGCAUCUUGCAGCAUGUGGGCAAUGUCCAGGACUUCCUGCGUGUGCUCUUCGGCUUUCUGUACCGAAAGACCGACUUCUAUCGCCUGCUGCGCCACCCGACGGACCGCAUGGGCUUCCCGCCCGGCGCCGCGCAGGCCCUGGUGCUGCAGGUAUUCAAAACCUUCGAUCACAUGGCUCGUCAAGAUGAUGAAAAGAGGAGGAAGGAACUUGAAGAGAAAAUCAGAAUAAAGGAAGAAGAGGAGGCCAAGGCUGUGGGGUCCACUGCUGCUGAGAAGGAACUGGUCCCAGUCCCAGUCCAAGAAAUAGAGAUCGACUCUGCUACAGAGUCAGCUGGGGCAGCUGGGCCUCAGGAGGUAGAGAAGGUGCAGCCGCCCGGCCCACAGGUAGCCAAGCCUGAGGGGGCCCAGGGCUUGGAGAAAGAGGUGUCAAGAGCCAUUGCGGGUGCUGCUGAAACCCCUGCAGAGCCCCCGGAGCGCCCCAGGGCUCAGGAGCAGUUCCAGAGAAAUCCUGACAGUUACAAUGGUGCUGUCCGAGAGAACUACACCUGGUCACAGGACUAUACUGACCUGGAGGUCAGGGUGCCGGUGCCCAAGCAUGUGGUGAAGGGGAAACAGGUCUCAGUGGCCCUCAGCAGCGGCUCCAUCCGCGUGGCCAUGCUGGAGGAGGGCCAGGAGCAUGUCCUCAUGGAAGGGAAGCUCACCCACAAGAUCAACACUGAGAGUUCCCUUUGGAGCUUGGAGCCUGGCAAGUGUGUGCUGGUGAACCUGAGCAAGGUGGGUGAAUACUGGUGGAAUGCCAUCCUGGAGGGUGAGGAGCCCAUUGACAUCGACAAGAUCAACAAGGAGCGCUCCAUGGCCACUGUGGACGAGGAGGAGCAGGCAGUCCUGGACAGGCUCACCUUCGACUACCAUCAGAAGCUGCAGGGCAAGCCACAGAGCCAUGAGCUGAGAGUCCAUGAGAUGCUGAAGAAGGGGUGGGAUGCCGAAGGCUCUCCCUUCCGAGGCCAGCGAUUCGACCCAGCCAUGUUCAACAUCUCCCCAGGGGCUGUGCAGUUUUAGUGACUGGAAGGAAACGGAUGGCCCCUGUCCUCGGCUGUCCCCGUUGGCUCCCUGCGUGCCAGGGGCAUGCUUAUCUCCAUCACCCCUAGUCAUCCUUUCUCACGAGGGUGAGCCCAGCCUUCCCCUCUGACCUCGCACCUCCAGACUGUUGGGAGAAGGUGUGGGGCCAGUGCUGCUGGCCACUGUGGCCAGUGUUGAUUGAAGGUGUUUGACAUGCAGGAGGGACACUUGCCUGAGAACCAGGAGCACAUGCUGUCUCCACAGCAGCUGAUGUCGAGAGCUGCACCCAUCCACCCCACCCCACUUGUUGUUUUGAUGUCCUCUGCUUGCUGUCCUGGUAGCUGGGUGGGCAGUUCUGUCCCCUCAGCAAGGCCAAGUUGGAAUGUGGGGCUCAGUGCUUGCAUGAGGGGAACUGGGUGCACUGUGGGGUACUUCUGGGCCUCUGCGGGAACCCCUCGCCCUCUGGGGUGUUUUCAUAUGUGUCUUGCUCUUUGUGAGUGUGCUGGGGUGUGCCAUCUGCACGUCAUUGGUAUUGCAUCUGUGCUCCAGGCAUGGUGGGUCCCAUCCGUGCUUUUACUUGUGGCUGCUUUUCUGGGCUCUUGUGGAAGUGACUGGGCCCAGCUACCACUGCAUGACACACUCUGCUGGGCUGUUGGGGACUUCUUGUGGUAUUGGGCCUGGAACAGACUCGGGCACUCUCAGUUAGAGACUGUGGCAAGCUCCCAGCCUGGACCUCAGCCCCAGCAGGAGGGUGCCUGAGCCAGCUUCGGAUGGCAGUCCCCAGAGCCUGUAGACUCUCAUUUCCCUGAGGAAGGGGCACCACCCCAGCAGCCCUGUGCCCACACCUUGAGCACAGCUGCUACCCUGCUCCAGCCAGACUGUGUGACCAGAUUGAGGAGCAGGGCCCGGGUGCCCAAGCACUAUCAAGGACUUCUGCACUGAUAGCCAGGAGCUUGUGUUACCCCUGCCCAGGCUGCCCUCUCAUUCGGCUUUUGACAUUGGUGCACAGAUAGGCCACACCACAGGUCUCUACACCUGUGCCUCCUGCAGUCCAGUGCAAGCAAAGCCUGGCCUGUUUACUGUGGGGGCUGGGGAGGCGCUGUCCCUGGGGGCUUGGUGGGGAAUGACCCACCAGGGGCUGCCAAUUUUAGCUGUGAAGCCAUAGCUGGUUCCCUGCUGCCGUGUGAGGUGGGGGUUUCUGCUCCCCUGGGUACAGGCAGCCCUGUGAGAGGUGUGAGCCAGGUUCAAGGAGGGAACAGAGCUGUGAAAACCCUGGCAUCUCAUUUUCACCACUGGGCUGGUGUCAGGGAGCAAAGCUGCCAGCUCCCAGAGAUUCCCACCGGAGCCUGGGAUUUGCAUACUGCUGCCCCUGAAGUACGUGUGUCUGCUGUCCUCUCUCUGGUCCCCCAGCUGCCCCCAUCCCUGCCUUUUGCUUGGUCUUCCCAAGGAGUAAUGGAGUGUGGGAGCCCUGUAUCUCCUAUGGGGACCUGGAGUCUUUCCCUUCCGUGGCGGUGCGUCUUCCUCUUGCCUGGUUUUGUUUGCUGUGUGGAUUUCCUCCCAUUUCCUACCCUGCUUCAAAGAGUACAACCCCUGUCCAGGAAGAGCAAUGCGGAGUGGUGGCUUCAUGGCAGGAACAGCCACCCCCACGUGGCCUUGCCGUGCCCCAUCCUGGCAUGGCUUGUCUCCAGCACCUGGUGGAUGGGUCUCUGCCCAGGGUGACACUCUAGGCUGGACCAGUGUCUGUCCACAGCUGGUGCACGGCCUGUUUUCUCUUUUUAGACACGACAGCUGCAGUUUGGCCACUAAGUCCCACCAGCUGAGGUCCAAGGAAAGCGGGGUGACUCAUCCCCUUUGUCCAGGGGCCCCGGAGAGUGGGGUGUCCAGCUUGCAAAGCUGCUCCAGUUCCUCUGUGUUAGUUUGCAAUAAAUCUGUAUUUAAGCAUUGU